AGAUCAUAUAGCCUAACUUUAAAUUCAUGACUAAAACUAUUGUGUUUAUAUAUUAGGACAAUUGCCACAUUUUUGUAUUCGUCUCUUUGGUUAUACUAGUAGAUCAUUGUUGUGUUUUUGCCACACUAAAGUAAAAAAAGUUCAUUGCUAAAGUUUUAAUAUAAUUUAGUUUUAAGCCUUCAGUAUAGGGAUAUAAACAAACUUCUUUUAAUUUUUCAUGAAAUUACUCUACUAUUUUUUCUCAGUGCUUUUAGGUGUUAGUUUUGUAGUUUCUCCAAACCGUGUAUAUUGGAAGCAAGCAUGUCGAAACAAACCCCAAUCAUUUCAAUGUUGACAAAAUAUUUAGGAGUGAGAAGAAAUAAGAUGUGGCUCCGAUAUAAAGAAGACAUGUCCCCAAGAACAAUACCGAAACCAAAUCUUCCACCCGGUUGUAACAGUAAGCUAUCUGGUAACUAUUACUAUACAAGAGAUGCAAGGAGAGAAAUGGCACCGCCUGUUGUGUUAGCCGAGAAUACUUCAGCACGUUUGACACCUGGUGUAAGCGACUCGUCAUCGCUCGAAUCCACCCAAACAAACCUUCCAACUCCAGGAUUCUCAACCAAAUGGACACUUUCAACAGAUCAACCGUAUCUACGCAAAUGAAAAAUAUUCUCACAUUUAUUAGUUUUCCUAUAAAUAAACCAUUUUGACAACUGCGACACGA